UGUUUUGUUGGUGACAUUUUCAAUAAAUAAAAGGAAUAUGUACGCUCACCACGCUGCACUUUGGUCCACUUCUUACGACGCCCGUGACACUACUAAUGAUAAUAUGACAACUUCAAAUACCGAGCUAGUGACAUUAAGUAGCCUAGGUUAACUUAGCUGACCUUCAAUUGAGGGAAUUCAACAGAGUUCUCUGUGACAUUUUUACAUCUCAUUCAAACUCUAAAAUUAAAUACAUGGGCAAAUGUUACCAAAUAUGAUAAUAACAGGCCUGCAUUACGGUAGGCAGCUAAUUGUUAAAUGACACUUUCCAUCCUUACCUUGGAAGGUCACUGGAUCUGCGCUGAUCGACAGUGAGUGUGACAACGCUAGCUAGCCAAUGGGAGCCUAGUAGAACGCCCCUCUGAAUAAUGAUGUGUGGUUUUGGCUUAACUGCGUUGGGGGAAAAGUAAGACGCGUCCUUGACAGAUACCAAAAGAACAGGAUGUACAAAGAGGCUUUUCCUUUUUUCACAAAUGUGUUGCUGACACAGUCACGUAGCUACUUCCUGUUCUCUCAGUAACAGCAUGGCAGAGAUGAAACCACAACUCUGAGAAAAACUAACCUUACUAACUUCACCAGAAGGACCCCCCCACUCUCUUGACUGUAUUGAGACAGAGAAGAGAUGUGAAGAAAGCGAUGCAACAUUUGUGGAUGAUAACAUGGCAGAGCUCAUUCAGAGAGUUACCAUGGUGAUGGCCAUAUCAGAUAAACUUCGUCAGAGGGGUAUGAUCCAUCGUGAGGCGUACUCUAAAGUCUGUGCUGCCCGGACCAGCCAGGAACAGAUGAGGGAGCUGUACAAGGUCUUAAACACAGUUAAAGUCAAAUCAGCCUUCUACAGGAUCCUCCAGGAGGAAGAGCCUUAUGUGGUCCACAAGCUAGGUGGGCGUGUCUGUAUAGAGGUGGAUGGCUAUGAACAGACUGAGAGCAUUGGGCAGAGGAGAGUGGAUGACGACACACAACGAGUUAAAGAGAAACAUAAAGCCAGUCUGAUGAAGAAGUUUGGAUUCGUGUUUGAAGGCACUGCAGUGGAUAGAACUCCCCUCAACAGCAUCUACACACAGCUCUACAUCACACAAGGACAGAGUGAAGGGGUUAAUAACGAACAUGAGAUUCGACAGAUUGAAUAUACAUCCAGGACAAAAAAAUCUACAGACACUCCAAUAAACUGCAAUGACAUCUUCAAACCUUUACUUGGAGAAGAGAGAGAAAAGCAGAGACCCAUCAGAACUGUGCUGACGAAGGGCAUCGCUGGCAUCGGAAAAACAUUCUCUGUGCAGAAGUUCAUCCUCGACUGGGCAGAAGAAAAGGCUAAUCAGGAUAUUAAUUUCAUCUUUGUGCUCCCACUCCGAGAGCUGAAUCUGAUUCAAGAUGACCAGUACAGUCUUCAUGGACUUUUGCGUUACUUCCACCCUGAACUUACAGAGAUAGAAGAGGCAAAGAUAUAUGAUCCCUGCAAAGUCAUGUUCAUCUUUGAUGGUCUGGAUGAAAGCAGACUACCAUUAGGUUUUCAUCAGAACAAGAAGUUGACUGAUCUAACUGAGACAUCAUCAGUUGACAGGUUGAUGACAAACCUCAUUGAGGGGAAUCUGCUUCCCGAAGCUCUCCUCUGGAUAACCUCCCGACCAGCAGCAGCCAAUCAGGUCCCCCAUGAGUACAUCAACAAGGUGACAGAAGUACGAGGGUUCAAUGACAAACAGAAAGAAGAGUACUUUGAGAAGAAUGUUGAGGAUAAGAACCGGGCCAGGAGAAUCAUCUCACACAUUAAUACAUCAAGGAGCCUCCACAUCAUGUGCCACAUACCAGUCUUCUGUUGGAUUACUGCUAGGGUUCUUGAGCAAAUGUUGAGUGAAGAUAAAAGUGGAGAUAUCACAACUCGGACUGAGAUGUACAAUCACUUCCUGCUCAUUCAGACAAACCUGAAAAGCAAGAAGUAUGAUGGGAAAAAGGAGACAGAUCUGGACAUAAUCAUAGAAAGAAACAAAGAAAUAAUUAUCAAACUGGCACAACUUGCAUUUGAACAGUUGUUGAAGGGAAAUCUGAUAUUCUAUAAGAAAGACCUGGAGGAGUGUGGCAUUGAUGUCAGUGAAGCCUCAGUGUACUCUGGGUUUUGCACAGAAAUUCUGAAAGAAGAGUAUGGGUUGUAUCGGAAGAAAGUUUACUGCUUUGUUCACCUGAGUUUCCAGGAGUUCCUUGCUGCUCUGUUCGUGUUCCACUGCUGUGUGAGCAAGAACAUCAAGGCCCUGGAGUCUUUCAUUGGGGAUGUGUCUUCAGAGCUGCCCUUGCAUGAGCUGCUGAAGAUGAUGGUGGAUAAAGCCUUGAAGAGUGAGAAUGGACACCUGGACCUGUUCCUCCGCUUCCUUGUUGGCAUCUCAACAGAAUCCAACCAGAGACUGUUACAAAACCUACUGCCACAAACAGAGAUCAGCUCAGAGACUGUUAAGGAAAUUAAGAAAUACCUCAGGAAGCCAAAUGUAGAGCAAGUUUCACCUGAUAGGUACAUCAAUCUACUCAUCUGCUUGACUGAGAUGAAAGAUGAUUCAGUACAUGAGGACAUUGACAAGUUCCUGAAGUCAGGAACACAAACAGGAAAAGAACUCUCAGGUUCACACUUCUCAUCACUGGCCAACGCACUGCUGAUGUCAAAGGCCGUGCUGGAUGAGAUUGACCUGAGGACAUACAACUUGUCACCUGGGUGUACGAGACUGGUCCCAGCUGUAAGGAAAUGCAGAAAGGCCAUACUGAUUGGCUUUGAACUCUCUAUGGAGGACUACGAAUCACUGGCCUCCAUUCUCCAAUCAGCAGACUCACAUCUAAGAGAGCUGCACCUGGAUGACAUCGGGGAGCGUGAUCCUGAUGGUAUUGAUGACCCUGGUGGUGAUGACGAGGCAAGACUGACUGUUCUCUUUGCUGCGCUGACUGUUGUCCUCGCUGCACUGAAGCAUCCACACUGUAAACUGGAGACACUGAGACUGGGUGGCUAUAAACUCUCUGAAGAGCACUGUGAGUUACUGCUCUCUGCUCUCCAAUCAGCGGACUCACAUCUGAGAGAACUGGACCUGAGAGACACUCAGCUGUCUGAUGGUGGCGGGAGGGAACUCUUUGCUUCUCUGAAACAUCAGAACUGUAAACUACACAAACUGCGACUGGCUAGCUUUAGAAUCUCUGAGGAGAACUGGGGAUCACUGGCCUCCGUUCUCCAAUCAGCAGACUCGUCUCUGAGAGAACUGGACCUGGACCUGAGGAACAGUGGACUGUCUGACGAUGGUGGGAGGGAACUCUUUACUGCUCUGAAACAUCCCCACUGUAAACUACAGAAACUGAGGCUGAACGGAUGUUAUCUGACAGAUAAAUGGUGUGAAGCGUUGGCCUCAGCUCUCAGCUCAAACUCCUCUCACCUGAGAGAGCUGGAUCUGAGUCACAAUGUCCUGCAGGAUUCAGGAGUGAAGCUGCUCUCUGCUGGACUGGGGAAUCCACACUGUCAACUACAGAAACUGAAGCUGUCAUUCUGUAGAGUCACAGAGGAAGGCUGUGCUUCUCUGGCCUCAGCUCUAAGGUCAAACCCCUCCCACCUGAGAGAACUGGACCUGAGCUUCAAUCACCCAGGAGACUCUGGAGUGAAGCUGCUCUCUGCUAGACUGGUGGAUCCACACUGUAGACUGGAGAAACUCAAUGUGGACCAUAAUGAAGAGAUCUGGGUUAAAUCACAACUGAUGAAGACAUAUGCCUGUGAUCUCACACUGGACCCAAACACAGCACACAGAAACCUCUCUCUGUCUGAGGGGAACAGAAAGGUGGAGAGGGUUAAAGAGAAGCAGCCGUAUCCCAAUCAGCCAGAGAGAUUUGAUAUGUACGCCCAGGUGUUGUGUAGAGAGGGUCUGACUGGGCGCUGUUACUGGGAGGUAGAGUGGAGCGGGCUGGCUGACAUAGGAGUGACAUAUAAAGGCAUCAACAGAAAAGAAGAUGGUUCUGCCAGUGACUUUGGAUACAAUAACAAGUCCUGGCGUCUGGCCUGCCGUGGGAAUCAUUACGGUGCCCUCCACAAUAGUGAAUAUACUACUAUACAUGCUCCACACCUCAUCAACCCUCCUCAACCCCAGAGAGACCUGUCCUCCUCCCCUCCACACCUCAUCAACCCUCCUCAACCCCAGAGAGACCUGUCCUCCUCCCCUCCACGCCUCACCAACCCUCCUCAACCCCAGAGAGACCUGUCCUCCUCCCCUCCACGCCUCAUCAACCCUCCUCAACCCCAGGGAGACCUGUCCUCCUCCCCUCCACGCCUCACCAACCCUCCUCAACCCCAGGGAGACCUGUCCUCCUCCCCUCCACGCCUCACCAACCCUCCUCAACCCCAGGGAGACCUGUCCUCCUCCCCUCCACACCUCAGAGUAGGAGUGUUUCUGGACUGGCCGGUCGGCACGCUUUCCUUCUAUGAGAUCUACUCUGACACAAUGACCCACCUGUACACAUUCCAGACCAUAUUCACUGAGCCCCUCUACCCAGGGUUUGGUGUUUCUAAUGAGGAGGGCUCUUCAGUGUCCCUGAUCCAGGUAGAGUAGUCUCCUGUGUCCUGGAGGAACACCUGGGUAUCCAUGGAAACACAGUCACACUCCUGUUCUAACCCAACCAUGUGACAUGAUAGGGUGUUGUUGACAGUGAUCAUGACUACAGAUAUGGACAUUGUAACAGAUAAAUGUUGUUGACAGUGAUCAUGACUACAGAUAUGGACAUUGUAACAGAUAAAUGUUGUUGACAGUGAUCAUGACUACAGAUAUGGACAUUGUAACAGAUAAAUGUUGUUGACAGUGAUCAUGACUACAGAUAUGGACAUUGUAACAGAUAAAUGUUGUUGACAGUGAUCAUGACUACAGAUAUGGACAUUGUAACAGAUAAAUGUUGUUGACAGUGAUCAUGACUUCAGAUAUGGACAUUGUAACAGAAACAUUUUGUCAACGGUGAUCCUGACUUCAGAUAUGGACAUUGUAACAGAAACAUUUUGUCAACGGUGAUCCUGACUUCAGAUAUAUGUAUUCACACCACUGAGUCAAUACUUUGUUGAAGCACCGUUGGCAGCGAGUACAGCUGUGAGUCUUUUUGGGUAAGUCUCUAAGAGCUUUGCACACCUGGAUUG